ACCUGAAGUCUGUCGCCGUCCAUCAGUGUGUGUGUGUGUGUGUGUGUGUGUGUUCUCCGUCAGGAUGAAGGUGUGUGUGCUCCUUAUGUGUGCGUGCGGUUUCUUUUGGAGGACGGAGGCCGAGUCCAGAUCGUACCUGAUCACGGCUCCUCUCGCUCUGCGUCUGGACGCGGUGGAGACGGUGCUGCUGCAGCUGUUUGGUUUCACCAACGAGGUGACGGUGUACGUCUCCCUGAAGACCUCCAUGGCUCCGGAUCACGUGGUUCUGGUUCAGGAAGUGGUGACCCUGAACGCCCUGAACAACCACCAGGCCGCCGCCAAAGUCAAGCUGCACCCAGGUCAGCUGGAUAAGAGCAUGAGUCAUGUGAUCCUGCACGUCCAAUCAGCUGAGAUCAACCAGCACCUGUCCGUCUCCGUUAGCCGCACCAACGGCUUCCUGUUCGUCCAGACCGACAAACCGCUGUACAACCCCCAUCAGGCAGUCAAAGUGAGGGCCUUCUCUCUGAACCAGGAGCUGAGGCCGGCCAAUCGCAGCGUCUUCCUGACCUUCAAGGACCCGGAUCACACCACAGUGGACAUGGUGGAAAUGUUCGAUGUCAACAAUGGAAUCCCCUCGAUGCAGAACCCGUUCAAGAUCCCCAUCAAACCAAAGUUCGGGAUCUGGUCGAUUGAAGCCGCGUACUCCGAUGAUUUCACCACAACGGCGAGAGCAGACUUUGAAGUUAAAGAAUACGUUCUUCCCAGUUUCAACAUCCUCGUGGAACCGGUCUCUAACUACGUGAGCUACGGAAACUUCAAGGGCUUCAACUUCAAGAUUUCUGGCAGCUAUGUCCACGGGGCUCCGGUGGCCAAUGGGGAAGUGUACCUGCGCUACGGCUACGUCAGCGGGAAGAAUCCUCCGGUCAUCAUCCCCAGCUCCGUCACUAGAGAGAGGUUGUCCCCCACAGGUGAGUUGGACGUGACGGUGAACAUUGAGAAGGUUCUGUCCAAACACGACGGACCCCGAGACCUGGACAGUCUGGUGGGGAAGUACCUGUACAUCGCCGUGCUGCUGCAGGAGGACACAGGUGGGAUCUCUCAGGGGGCGGAGUUUGCUGCAGUGAAGUUCCUCAAGUCACCUUACACACUGAGCCUGGUGUCCACGCCCCCCUUCAUCAAACCUGGACUCCCUUAUAACAUCCAAGUGCUGGUGAAGGAUCACCUGGACCAACCGGUGAACAGGGUUCAGGUUCGUCUGGUGGAGCGGCAGCUUGUCAGGAAGGAGGGUGAGAGCGAGGACCUGCCCUGCCCCCUGAGCUCCAUCAGCCAAUCAGACGGCAUCGCUGUCUUCAUCUGCAAUACGCCGAGCGAGGGGGUCCGAGCGGUGCUGAGGUUUGAGACGGACGACCCGGCCCUCCCAGCAGCCAGUCAGGCACAUCUGGUUUUGGAGGCGUUGGCCUACCACUCCCCGAACCAGCGCUACCUUUACAUCGACCCCCCGCUGAUGGGCAGCCGCCUGGAGGUGGGACGCUUCUCCAGCAUCAAGGUGUACUCGGCCACGCCCUCCUACGUGCCGAUCGGAGCCCUAAACUACGUGGUGCUCUCCAAAGGGAAGGUGGUGGACUUCGGCAGUCAGAAGUUUGUCUCCAGCGGAGAUCACAGGCAGGCGCUGAGCUUCCAGGUGACGGCCGCCAUGGUGCCGUCCAUCAGACUGCUGGUGUACUACAUCCUGUUCGGGGAGGGGACGCCAGAGCUGGUGGCCGACUCCGUCUGGUUGGACGUCAAAGGAAAGUGUGUCAACGGCCUGAAGACUGACGUGUCCCAUAGUAGUGAGGUCUACAAACCGAAGCAAAACCUUCGGCUGGACAUCCGGACCAAUGAGGAUGGACUGGUCGCCCUUUCCGCUGUUGACUCCGCCCUCUUCGCACUGAAACCCAACUACAGAGACCCCAUCUCCAUGGUAAUGAAUCACCUGGAGCAGAGCGACCAGGGCUGUGGGGGGGGCGGCGGCAGAGACAGCGCGGACGUCUUCCGAUUGGUCGGCCUCACCUUCAUCACCAACGCCAACGCCAAGCCAUCGGCCAGCGGUGCGGCUUGCACAGCAGCCGUGCGUCCAAGGCGCGCUCUGACUGAGGAGGACAAGGUGAAGAAAGCGGAGAGUUACGGUCCGGUGAAGACUUGCUGUGAGCAGGGCAUGAAGUACAUCCCUAAGAGUGUGACGUGCCAUCAGUUCGCCCUGCAGACCUUCGGCCGGCACCCCCGCUGCAGACAGGCCUUCAGAGCCUGCUGCGAGUUCAUGCAGCAGAACCUGGACCAGGACUCGGACCUGGUGCUGGGCCGCCACGAGCUGGGUGCGAACUUCGACGUGGCCCCCUCUCUGGUGCGGAGCUUCUUUCCGGAGAGCUGGAUGUGGGAGGUGCAGCGAGUCAGCUCGGGCCAGAGGUCGGCCAUCAGGCGUCUCCCAGACUCGCUCACCACCUGGGACAUCAGGGCCGUCGGCGUGUUCAAGAACGGUGUGUGUGCAGCAGACCCGGUGAAGGUGUCGGUGGUCCUGCCGGUCAGUGUGGACGUCAAGUUGCCGUAUCAGGUGGUGAGGGGGGAGCAGCUGGAGCUGAGUGGGUCCGUCUACAACCAGCAGCUGGACACCAUCGAGCACUGCGUGACGCUGACGGCCGGCCCGGCGCUCUGCCUGCAGGAGUCCCAGCCGGCGGGGGGGGGCCUGCACUCUACUGCCUGCAAUUGGAGCCCGCUGUCCGCGGGGGGGGUUAGGAAGGUGAGCUUCACCCUGCUGGGGCUGGAGCCCGGAGAGCACACCCUGACCUUCACCCUGAAGACCAAGCAGGGCGGGAAGGACAUCCUGGAGAAGAAGCUCAGAGUGGUGCCUGAGGGGGUGAAGAAGGAGGUGUUUUCUGGAGGGAGGCUGGACCCCCAGGGGCUCUACGGUUCAGAGAAGAGAACCGUGGAGCUGAAGAACAACCUCCCUCCCAACAUCGUUCCCAACACAGCCGUGGAGAGGAUGCUCACCAUCAACGGUGAGGUUCUGGGGGACUUCCUGUCAGUGUUGCACUCCCCCGAGGGCUUCCGUCAGCUGGUCAACCUGCCGGCAGGGUCUGCGGAGGCGGAGGUUGGGGGGCUGCUGCUCCGGGCUCAGGUGUACCAGUACCUGGAGACCAGCCGUCACUGGGAGGUGCUAGGAGACGACAUCCAGAAAAGCUCCGCGGACCUGAGGAGGACGAUCAGAGACGGUCUGGUUGGUAUCAGUUCAUUCAGAGGAGGAGACUCGAGCUACAGCAUGUGGGUUGACAGAGAACCCAGCACCUGGCUGACGGCGCUGGUGGUCCGGACCCUCUCUGUGGUGGAGUCGGUGGUCUCUGUGGACCACCAGGCUCUGUCAGACUCAGUUUCCUGGUUGAUCCACAACUCUCAGCAGCAGGACGGGUCCUUCACAGACACAUCCUCCGUCAGACCCAACAGAGUCAUGGCUGCAGGGACGCCUGCUGUCGACCAAUCAGUGUACCUGACCUCCUUCGUGCUGAUCGCAUUACACCGAGCCACGAGCAUCAGUGACCCCAUCCUGCAGCUCCGGUUCCAUGAUGACAGCAUGAGGUCUGCGGUGAAAUACAUUUCCCAGCAUGCCCCGGGUGUGAAGAGUGUGUAUGUGCGUGCGGUGGCGACCUUGGCUCUGACGCUGCGUGACCCUAGCAGCCCUAUGGCCUCCGAGCUGCUCCUCAGUCUGGAGAAACUGGCCAAGGAUAAAGGUCACCCAGCGGUGCUCAGGUACUGGCAAGAGGCCAGCGUGGCAGCUGAUUGGCUGAAACCCGACCAAUCCAGUGGUCUGACGGUGGAGACGACGGCGUACGUCCUGCUGACCGUGCUGCUCAAGGGGAGGAUUCCUUACGCCAACCCCAUCCUGUCAUGGCUGACCCAGGAUCAGCACUACGGAGAGGGUUUCUACUCCAUACAGGACACGGUGCUGACUCUGCAGGCUCUCACUGAGUACAGCAAGGCCGUCCCUCAAGCUGUCCUCAAUCAGGACAUCAACGUCCGCUACGGCAGGAAGGGACCGCUGGGACGAGUCCAGCUGAGCCAGAGCCGGCCUGUGGCCACGCCCAUCCAGGUGACGAAGGAUGACGUCAUCACCGUGUCCACGGGUUACGGGAGGGGCGUGUCCAAUGUAAAGCUGAAGACGGUUUACUAUGAGACCACCCCCCCGGCCCAGAACUGUAACUUUGACCUCACUAUCGAGGCGGUGGGGCCCGACACCUCCACAAAUCCCAGCAUAAGUGCUCCUCACCUGGUCGCCUGUGUAAAGUAUAAGCCCCCUCCCAACGAGGUGUUCACGGAGUCCUGUCUGACGGUGAUGAAGAUCCAGCUGCCCACAGGCGUGGAGGCCUUCCUGGAGGACCUGAAACAGUUUCAGUCCAGCAUCACCCACUUUGAGCUCCAGGGAAACACCGUGAUCAUCCAGGCCGACUCUGUUCCUUCAGAAGACUUCAUGUGCGUUGGUUUCCGUAUCAGGACGGGGUUCAGGGUGGGGGGGGCCAGCGAGUCCCUGUUCAGCGUCUAUGAGCCUCAGGACAAAGGCAGUAAAUGCACCAGACUGUUUACCUACCAGCAGCAGAAGCUGCAGCGCCUCUGUGUGGACGAGCAGUGCCAGUGCAUGACAGCUGCGUGCGCCUCCUACAGAGGAAGCAUGGACGCAACGCUGACCGCUGGCAGACGCACCACGGAGACGUGCAGGCCGCACAUCAAAUACGCCUACAGGGUGACGGUGAAGUCUUCAGCAGCAGAAGGAGACUUUAUGUCCUACACAGCCACCGUAGAGGAAGUCCUGAAGAACACGGAAAAACAGCUGGAGGCGGUGAGUUCAGGGUCCGAGGUGGAGCUGGUGAAGAAGGCGACCUGCAGCUCGGUGGACCUUCAGAACAACAAGCAGUACCUCGUGAUGGGAGCCAGCGGGUCGGAGGUCACGCUCAGCCAGGGCUUCAAGUAUCGUCUUCCUGUGGACUCAGAGGCGCUGGUGGACCUGUGGCCGACAGGUUGUAGUUCUCCUGAAUGUUCGGACUACAUUUCCCACCUGGAGGACUUUGCUCUGGACCUGCAGUUAUCCGGCUGUCCUGACUCAGCGUAACAGCACUUCUUAAUUUAAAACACGGGGAGAUGUUCACAGGCUGUCAUGGUGUCCUCUGCCAAUAAAGGUUACAUAAUCAAA